AUGGACCAACUUACGGAACAGGGUAGUAGGGUGUCCUUUGCUAGGGUGUGUGUUGAGGUAGAAGCAGCAUCUACCUUACCUGCUAUGUUUAAGGUGGACUGUGAAGGAGCAGAAGCCAUAGUCAAGGUCAAAUAUCAAGGUUUACUCCUAAAAUGUGAACACUGCAUAGCCUUUGGGCAUGAUACAGCUAGAUGUGUAAAAACUCAGGUUGCGACUCUAAUCAACAGCCAAAAAGAAGUACAAAAUCAUCCUGACCCUGGUUGGGAAACUGUCAUGGCCAAGGGCAAGAGGAAAGUGGGAGUUCCAAAUACCUCUACUGAGUUAGCAAGCAAUGAGGAGCAUAAGGAGGAUGGCACCCAACAAACUGAGGAAGAGCAGCCAGAAAUGCAAGCUCAGGUGGAGUCCGCAGUUGCAUUACCUGAUCAAACUUACAGAGAGGUGCUGAACCCAAUAGAUGGUGAGCAAAAGGAUGAUAAUAUGGAUGGAUUGGUGGCCCUUCAAAAGGAACUAGUGGAAAUUACAAGUUUAUUUCUUCCCCAUGACACAGAAUUGAUGGCUAAAGUGGAGAACCUUGUGGAACCCACUCCUGGCAAAGCUCAAACUAGCAAACAAGCCCAAGCAGGCUCAAGUACAAAAGACUAUAUGUUCAGAGUCUGUUUUGUCUAUGCUGGGAAUAAAUAUGAAGUUAGGAAAGAUUUUUUUGAGUACAUGGUUAAAAUCUCCCAAGCUAAGUCCAACACUCCUCUUGUAAUUUUAGGGGACUUCAAUGCUAUUAGAUUCCCUUACGAAAAAUCUGGGGGUUCUAUUAGUUGGUCUAAGGAUAAAAAGGAGUUCAAUUCCCAUAUUUUGCAAGCUGAGCUGGUUGAUCUCUCCUAUGGAGGUUGCCAAUUCACCUGGGCAAAUAAGAGAACCAGUGGGGAUUAUAUUGCUUCCAAAAUUGAUAGAGUGCUGGUAAAUGAGGCUUGGCUUGAUGCAUUCCCUGCUUCAUUUGCUACAUUUUUGCCCUCGGGCAUAUCUGAUCACUCUCCUGCUGUGAUACACAUCUCUGAUAAGGUGACUUCUUUUAAGAAACCUUUCAAAUACUUUGACUUUUGGGCUGACCAUGAGGAUUUCUGCUCUGUGGUUUCUACAAUUUGGAACCAGUACAUUCAGGGUGUCCCUAUGUUCAGAGUGUGUCAGAAAUUGAAAAAUCUGAAACCUGCUCUAAAGGCUUUGAAUAAGAAAGACUUCAGUGACAUUACUACUAGAGUCCACACUUCUAGGUCUGAGCUCCUUUCUCUCAGUCAUGUUGAUCUUCUGGCUGUUGAGGAGAGCUUGGCCCACCAGAAAUCUAGAGUCCAGUGGCUUAGUCAGGGUGAUAGCAAUAGUAGGUUCUUCUUCAAAACUAUUAAGGGUAACAUUAAUAGGGGUAAAAUCUUGAACUUGGAGAUGAUGAAUGGCCAAAAAUCUUCAAAACCUGAGGACAUUCACAAUGCUUUUAUAGAUUUUUUCGCUGGUUUAUUUGGUACCCCUAUUGAUGACCAUUAUAAUGGGUUCGACAGAAUCCAUUCGCUUGUUAAGUCUAAAAUAUCUUCUGACCAAUCGCUAUUGCUUGCUAGCCCUGUGACUGAUCAAGAGAUUAAGGACACCUUUUGGUCUCUUAAAGCCAAUAAGGCCCCUGGCCCUGAUGGCUUCUCUGUUGGUUUUUUCAAGUGCUCCUGGAAUAUUGUGGGGAGAGAGGUCACGCAAGCUAUUAGAACUUUUUUUGAGUCUGGUAGGCUUCUUUCCGAAGUCAAUUGUACCAUCAUAGCUCUCAUUCCUAAGGUCCCCAAUCCUGUUAAAAUCAUUGCUAACAGGAUUAAAACUGUUCUCCCGGAUCUUGUUGAUCCCGUUCAGUCAGCUUUUGUUCAAGGUAGGAGAAUAUCUGACAAUAUUUUUCUAUCUCAGGAGCUUAUGAGAGGGUAUCAUAGGAAGUCCCCUACCCCGAAGUGUGCCAUGAAAGUGGAUAUCAUGAAAGCCUAUGAUAGUGUGAGGUGGGAAUUUAUUAUUGAUAUUCUUAAGGCUAUAGCCUUCCCACCUAUCGUGAUUUCUUGGAUUCAGCAAAUGGAAAUUCUUGCUAAAAUUUUGGUUGAGAAGUCUAUGCAACCGAUGUUUAAGUUCCAUUGGAGAUGUGAGAAGACUAAGAUUAUAAAUCUUUGUUUUGCUGAUGAUCUCAUGAUUUUUAGCAAAGGUUAUGUGCCAACUGUUAAACUUAUUAUGGAAGGCCUUGAGGAAUUUUCUAACCUCUCGGGCCUUACCCCUAAUCCUAGCAAAAGUAACAUCUACUUUUCUGGUUGUGAGAUGGGGUUACGCGCGUCUAUUCUUGAUGUUACUAAAUUCAAAGAGGGCACACUCCCUGUUAAAUAUCUUGGUGUCCCCCUUAUCACUACCAAAUUGAGGGCUACUGAUUGUGCCCCCCUCAUUGAUAGGAUCACCAAAAGAGUGAAGAAUUGGACCAACAGAACUUUAUCUUAUGCGGGUAGGAGCCAACUUAUCCAAUCCAUCCUUUUUUCCAUGCAAGUUUACUGGUCUUCCCUAUUUAUCCUUCCUAAGAAGGUUAUCAGGGAGAUUGAAAGUAUUCUUAGAGCUUUCCUUUGGUCUGGUAGUGAGCUCAAAACUCAUAGUGCUAAGAUAGCUUGGGAUUCUGUGUGCACUCCUAAAAAUGAGGGGGGUCUUGGGUUUAAAUCUCUUGAUAUCUGGAAUAAAGCGGCUAUAGCUAAGCAUGUCUGGUUCCUUUUUUUUGGUGGUGAGAAGUCUAUGUGGUGCCAGUGGGUUAAAUCCUAUUUACUUAAGGGUAGAAGUUUUUGGAGAGUCAAAAUCCCCCCUGAUCCCUCCUGGGUUUGGAGGAAAAUAUUUUCUCUUAGGGACUGGAUGUCUCCCCUAAUUAAUCACCAAAUUGGUUGUGGAACCUCCACCUUCCUUUGGUAUGACAACUGGCACCCUCUUGGUCCUCUAUGGAAUAAGUUCGAGGACAGAAUAAUGUAUGAUUCUUGCCUCAACAGUGAGGCCAAAGUCAGUCAAAUCAUCGAUGGUCAUUCUUGGAAGUGGCCUAUUCCUAAUUCUUGGGAAAUUCAGGAGCUGAUCUCAUCCACUCCUGAAUGCUAUAAACCUAACCCUUCCAAGUGUGACCAAGUUAUCUGGAAACUUACUACUGAUGGUCAGUUUUCCAUUCACUCAGUUUGGAAUCAUUGGAGACAUAGUUUGGGUAGAGUGGAAUGGCAUAAACUCCUUUGGGGCCCUCAUAGGAUUCCUAAAGUCCAUUUCAUUGUUUGGGGAGCUAUCCAUAAUAGAUUGUAUACUGGCGAUAGGUUACUUCUGUUUGGUUUAGCUCCCCAUUCCCAAUGCCCUUUCUGCCUUGACCCUGGGGAAAGUCACUCCCAUCUCUUUUUUAAGUGCAACUUCACCAAUAGAGUUUGGGGUGCUAUUGAAGCCAAAUGCAACAUAAAGUGGCCUGUUUUAGAUUGGCCUGAUAUUGUUACAUAUGCUACUAAGGAGACUAAGGGUAAUUCGCUGAGGGCUAAUAUUCUUAGCAAUGCUUUCUUGUGUUCUAUUUAUCACAUCUGGAUUGAGAGAAAUAAUCGUGUUUUUAACAAAAAAUUUAAGCCUGAAGAGGUGGUUUUCAAAUCUGUAAUCCAGAUGGUGAGAAGUAGAAUGCUGUCCAUUAAGAAUUUACCUAACUCUGCUAGUGACAGCUGGGUCUGUUCAGAGUUCCCUACAUGUGGAUUCAUCAAUGGUAAGGAAGCGCAAGUUGAGUGGUGUGAGCCCCUAAAUUGUGGGUUGAGUGGAGUGAGAUCCUAUAUUGAGGGCAUUGUUUCUGUAUUAAAGUCUAGUAGAUUGUACCUUAUUUGCUGGAGGAACUUACUCAUGGCUGUUCUUACAGGGUCUACUAUAAUGUAUGAGCAGAUCUUGGGUUGCAUGGGUCGGCAGUGGUGUCCAGUUUUGGGGACUGCAGAUUUGUUGCUCCAAAGGUUCCUGGCUAUUCGGUUUUUUGGGUUACUUCAGUGUUUAAGGUCUGCUGGAAAGGCUUGGAAAGGGAGAUUCUGUUCUCUUCCUCUCUUGGUGACUGCUGGUUUGCUGGCUCUUAGUUGGCUGGCAGCUCGCAUGAUUAAUGGUACUGGUUUGUUGAUGGCUGCUUGUAACGCCUUUGUGGACACUUGUCUUUUAAUUUAUAUUCAUGUGUUGGAUUUCUGUGUUUGGAUGCUUGACGGUUUUGAUGUGUUUUUGGCCUACCCGUGCGGGAUGUGCAUGGGUUAUCGCUUGGAUGUGUUCAUGAACCUCAUUCGCAUGUAUGCAGCUUAUGCACAUAUCCUUUUUUGCCUAGCCACUAUUUACAUCGAUAAGAUUGCUCGUUUGGAUGGGGUCCCAGUAUCUAUUGUUUUAGACAGAAAUUCUAAAAUGUAUUUGACUUCUGACAAGCCUUUAAAGGCAAUGAGAACUGAAUUGGGAUUCAGCGCUGCUUUCCAUCUGCAAAUCGAUGUAUAA